CCCUGCCUGGCUAUCUGGUCUGCUCCCCGCACAGGGUCCACUACUUGCGCGCAGCGCCUCCAGAAGUUCCCGGGGCCGCGGGGCCGCGGAGGAGCUGACCCAGGGGACCGUCGCCGUGGUCACUCUGGACGCGGAAGUGCGCUUUCCUAGUUUUGUUUUCAAAUAAGGCUACAGUCUCCCGGCAGGUGCAUUAGGUCGAAUUCCACGGAGAUUGCCCUCCCAUCCCUGAGGACCCCGCCUCCGAGGGCAUCGGCUGCUCGGGAGGAGCGGCCGAGCGCAGAGUAAACCCGAGGGACCCCGAGUGCAGGAAGACUAACAGUGGGAACUCAGCUACCUACCCAAGCACAAUGAAGAUUUUCCUUGUAGAACCUGCCAUUUGCCUGACUGCAUUUGCCAUGAGUUUGACCUCCCCACUGACAACACAGUAUGUAUACAGGAGAAUAUGGGAAGAAACAGGCAACUACAGCAUGGCACCCGAGAGCAAUAUUUCUGAGUGCGAAAAGAACAAAAGCAGCCCAAUUUUUGCAUUCCAAGAGGAAGUUCAGAAAAAAGUGUCUCUUUUUAAUCUGCAAAUGGACUUAAGUGGGUUAAUUCCUGGUUUAGUGUCCACGUUCAUGCUUCUGUCCCUCAGUGAUCACUAUGGACGAAAAUUCCCUUUGAUUUUGACUUCUGCCGGUGCUCUUGCAACCAGCAUCUGGCUCUGUUUGCUUUCCUAUUUUGCCUUUCCAUUCCAGCUUUUGAUUGCAUCUACCUUCAUUGGGGCCCUUUGUGGCAAUACUACCACAUUUUUGGGUGCCUGUUUUGCCUAUAUAGUUGAUCAAUGUAAAGAAGAGAAACAAAGAACAAUUCGAAUAGCUAUUAUUGACUUCAUACUUGGACUUGUUACUGGAUUAACAGGACUGUCUUCUGGCUAUUUUAUUAGAGAAUUAGGUUUUGAGUGGUCCUUUUUCAUUAUUACUAUGGUUCUUUCUGUUAACUUGAUUUAUAUUUUAUUUUUUCUUGGUGAUUCAGUGGAAGAGCCUUCAUCUCAGAUUGUUUCCAUAUCAUGUUGUGAAGGCUUUAAAAACCUAUUUUACCAAACUUAUAUGCUUUUUAAAAGUGCUUCCAGUGAGCGACGGUCCUUGCUCUGUUUGUUACUUUUCACAACAAUCACUUAUUUUUUCGUGAUAAUUGGCAUUUCUCCCAUUUUUAUCCUUUAUGAAUUGGAUUCACCGCUUUGCUGGAAUGAAGUUCUUAUAGGUUAUGGGUCAGCUUUGAGUAGUGUCUCUUUUUUGAGUAGUUUUCUAGGAAUAUGGUUUUUUUCUUACUGUAUGGAAGAUAUCUACAUGGCCCUCAUUGGAGUUUUAACCACCAUGGUGGGAAUGGCUAUGACUGCUUUUGCCAGAACAACAUUGAUGAUGCUUUUAGUCAGGCUGCCCUUCCUCUUCACUAUUGUGCCACUCUCUGUUCUGCGGUCCAUGAUGUCAAAAGUGGUUCGUUCUACUGAACAAGGGACCCUGUUCGCAUGUAUUGCUUUCUUAGAAACACUUGGUGGAGUCACUGCAGUUUCUACUUUUAAUGGAAUUUAUUCAGCAACUGUUGCAUGGUACCCAGGCUUCACCUUUCUGCUGUCUGCUGGUCUAUUAAUAAUUCCUGUGAUCAGUCUAUGUGUUGUCAAGUGCAGAAGCUGGGACAAGAGAAGCAAUACACUUCUUAUCCAAGAAGAAUCCAGUGAAGACACUUCGGAUUCAUGAUUAUGAUUAUAAAACAAUGCAUACACCAUGUUCUCCAACUUCUGAGACAUGCAGCCUAGCUCCACAAUCAAUACUUCAGGAACAAUCGGUGUUACAUGUCCUUCCUUUUAGACGGAACAGCAAGAGAAGGAGCCCGGCCACAGCUCCUGCGGACCGUGCACUUCGAGCACUGUGAAUACUGUGUGAUGUGUUUCUGGUACGGAGAACAAAUCUCAAAAUGCUUCACCCUUUUGGAUUUACGAGAAAACCCCUGAAACUUAACAGCAGGAGGGAUUAGGACAUGAUACAAUCAAAUCUGAUAACUUCCCCGGCAUAUUCCAGUCUCUCACACUGAGACCAAGGAGAAUGCUUUACCUCAGUUUCUCCUGUAAAAUGAGUUUCUGACCUCUCUCCAGGAUUUUGAAGGACAACCGUCAAAAAUUAGGAUGAAUCAUUCACCAAUAGAAAAUAAUAUAAUUUUCAAAUAUUUAUCAUUUACGUCUUCUUAGGUUAUGCUUUGUUUUAUAGAACCCAUCAAGGUGCUAUUGAUAAUGAAAGCUUUUAAUGAGAAAUGCUUAAAACAGAAGCACAUUAAAGAAUAUGUAUUUUCACUUUUCCUGAUGUGUUUCAUCAGUGAGAGCCAUGACAAUAUUUCUACAUGUAUCAAAGGGGUAAAUGGAAAAAAAUCAGAUUAUAAAUAAAACUUUCUAUAGAAAUGUGAAAACUGAGUAAACUGCCAGUUGAGAAGUUAAGUAAGAUUAUAGCACCAAUACUCAUUUCUUAUUCUGUCAAAGGGUAUCCAUUUCUUACUGCCUUACACCCAUCCUUGGAUCUAUACCGGUCCCUACAGACACCACAUUCUUUCAUCUUUUUACACACUGUCCAUUUGCCCUUCCUUCGCGGUGACGUCGGAACUUCUGAGUCUCAACCAAAAU